CGGUGGCGGGAUUUUUCACGGGUCGCCGCAGCAGAGGAGACGUAAAGAUGGCGGACCUCGGGAACGAUUAUCCCGAGUCUUCGCUCUGUCGCGUCAACGGUUCCCGAAAAACACAUUUCCCCGGGAGGAUCCUGACGGUUCUGUGUACCCUCCUCCUGCUGGUGGACCGCGCCGGUGCCACGACCCACUGGGUGGUCACCGAGGACGGGAAGAUACAACAACAAGUCGACUCUCCUCUGAACCUCAAGCACCCUCACGACGUGGUUAUCUUCAUGAGACAGGAGACCCGCGUCAACUACCUCAAGAAGCUGGAGAAGCAACUUGUGGAGCAGAAGAUCCACAUCGAGGAGAACGAGGACCGGGACACGGGGCUGGAACAGAGGCACUACAAGGAGGACUCGGACUGCGUCCUGGCCAAGGUGCCUCUGGGGGACCUGGACCUCUAUGACGGCACCUACAUCUCCCUGGAGAGCCAGGCCAUCAGUCCCGAAGAGCAUGUGGACUCCAGGUCAGCCCUCCCCCCCGACCUGGAGCGGCCGGACUGCAGUCAGAUCUCUGAGCUGCCCUACAGCAUCCACGCCUUCCAGCAUCUCAGGGGGGUGCAGGAGAGGGUGAACCUGACCUCCCCCCUGCUGUCUAAGGACGACCCCAUCUUCACCUCCCUCUCUCACAAGCUGGGCCACAGCGUGGACGAGGUCGGCCAUCGCAUCCACCAGGGCCUGCUGAGGAACUCGUCCUCCUGGGUCCUCUAUAACCUGGCCUCCUUCUACUGGCGUGUGAAGAACGAGCCGCGCCGGGCGGUGGACUGUGUGGUGCGCGCCCUCCAUUUCUCCCCCAGGACCCACAGGGACGUGGCGCUGGUGAACAUGGCCAACAUCCUGCACCGCGCGCACUUCUCGGCCGACGCGGCGGUCCUGGCCCACGCCGCCCUGGACCUCUCCUCAGACCUGUUCACCUGCCACUACACGCUGGGCAACAUCUACGCCAUGCUGGGCGAGUACAACCACUCUGUGCUGUGCUACGAGCAGGCCCUGGCGGCCCAGCCCGGCCUGGAGCAGGCCCUGCGCAGGAAGCACGCUGUGCUGUGUCAGCAGAAGCUGGAGCAGCGCCUGGAGGCCCAGCACAGGUCGCUGCAGCGGACGCUGAACGAGCUGAAGGAGUACCAGAAGCAGCACGACCACUACCUCCGCCAGCAGGAGGCGCUAGACAAACACAAGCUGCUGCAGGAAGAGCAGAUCCUGCGCAACAUCAUCCACGAGACGCAGAUGGCCAAGGAGGCCCAGCUGGGGAACCACCAGAUGUGUUGCCUCGGCCAGCCACAGCGACAUCUCCUCUGCCCCUUUGACCUCCCUGUGCGCUAUCACCGUGGGGACCUGUUUGAACACGUCCACUACGUUCAGUUCGGGGAGGAGGUGUCCGUGGCCUCCAGCAUGGCGCUGGUCUCCGACCGCAGCCCCAACCUCACGGCCUCCAGCCCCCAGCUCCACCCCUCCGUGUCCGGGGACCAGGACCCCGCUGUGGCCUUCUGGGGCGGCCGGCAGGGCCCCGCCCAGGACAUGCAGAGGAUGCUGUGGCCUCGCAGGGCGGACUGUGCCCAGGAGUUCCCCAGCAUCCCCCCGGCCCACCUGCUGCCCACCUUCUACCUCCCGCCGGAAGCCCAGGGCCUCAGCCCAGUGGCAGACUACCUCUACGGGAGCAGCAGUCCUCCUCAGACCACCGGCCUACCGGACUGCGGCUCUGCCUCCCAGCCCCCUCCCGCCCUGCUGCCCGCCUCCCUGGACUGGCCCCUGGAGGAGAAGCAGAUGCCCGACCUGUUCGCCGCCAAGGUGUUGCAGGUGCGCAGUGGCGGCUGGUCAUUGGACCAGAUUGGCUCCAGAAUAGCUCAAUCUUUAAAGCAGGCCAAGGCGCCGCGCUGGCUGCUGCACAACGAGGCGGCCGUCUUCUGGCGCGCCCGCGGCAACGGGAGCCGCGCCCUGCGCUGCCUGAGGCAGGCCCUGGCCGCGGCCCCGCCGGCCCACCGCCACCUGGCCCUGAGCAACGCCGCCAACCUGCUGCUGCACCACGGCCUGGCCGCGCACGCCCACACCCUGCUGCAGCACGCGCUGGAGCUCAACGCCUCCGAGCCCCACAGCCUGCUGAGCCUGGUGAGCGUGCAUCUGGCCCAGGGCAACGUGACGGGGGCUCUGGCCCUGUUCCGCCAUGCCCUGGAGGCCGGGCUGGCCCCCCCCUCCCCCCUGGAGGGCUGUGACCAGUGCCGCUCCAGCCUGCCCCUGCUGCGCUGCCUGCAGUUCUACCCCUCCCUCUACAACCUCUCCCAGCGCCAGCCCUGCCCGCUGGGCGCCGUCUGCAUGGCGGAGGACAGCCUGGCCAUCCAGCUGGAGGAGUGGGAGAGCGGUCCGGACCCCAGCCCGGACGUGGGGGGGCUGGCCCCGGGGCCCACCGUGGAGGAGGCCCUGCUGUUUGAGAAGGUGGUGGUGGUGGACAGCAACGGGUCGGGGGAGGCGGGGGGCCGGCCGCGGCCCCCCCCCUCGGUGGCGGGGUUCGGCCAGUCCUCCCCGGGGGCGGGCGGGGGCCGAGCGGAGGGCGAGGAGGAGUGGCAGCUGAAGGAGGACCUGAUGGGGGCCUUCGAGGGGGCCCUGGACGUGGGCGGGAAGCGGGGCGACCUGCGGGGGAUCCGCGUGCUGAAGAGCGACCGGGUGAUGGGGGCCCGCGCCGGGGGGGGGCCCUGCUUCGGGAACUGUGAGGACGACGACGGCGCCGAGUGGAUCACCUUCCAGGUGAAGCGGGUCAGGAAGUCCAAGCUGGACGGCCCGGAGGGCUCGGGAGCGGAGGACGGCCAGCAGGGGGAGCUGCUCCCCGGGGGCCACUCGGUCCUGGAGAUCAGCGGGCCCACCAUCCCCUCGCCCGGACCCUCAGGGCGCUGGCGGGACUACUCCAGCCUGGGCUGGCCGGGGCCGGAGGAGUGCCAGCGGACGCGGAGGGUGGACCUCACCACCGUGGCCAGCACCUGGCUGGCCGUGUCCGCCAAGAACAUCGACAUCACUGAGCACAUCGACUUCGCCACCCCGCUGCAGGAGCCGGCAGCCGAGCCGCUCUGCAACGCCGCUCUGCCCUCCAGCAUGCACACGCUGGACCACCUGGGGGGCGUGGCCAACAGGGCCGCCAUCCACUACACCGGGGAGGUCCAGCUCAGAGAGGUGCUGCAGAACCUGGGCAAAGAGAAGUUCCCCCCCCAGUCCUUCGAGCAGGUCGGCACGCGCAUCGCCAAGGUGCUGGAGAAGAACCAGACGUCCUGGGUUCUGUCCAGCAUGGCAGCCCUGUACUGGAGGGUGAAGGGUCAGGGCAAGAGGGCCAUCGACUGCCUGCGCCAGGCCCUGAACUACGCCCCCCACCACAUGAAGGACGUGCCUCUCAUCAGCCUGGCCAACAUCUUCCAGAACGCCCGCCUGUGGGACGAUGCCCUCACCGUGGCCCGCAUGGCGGUGGAGAUCGCCCCCCACUUCGUGGUCAACCACUUCACGCUGGCCAACGUCUACAUCGCCAUGGAGGAGUUUGAGAAGGCCAUGCGCUGGUACGAGUCCACCCUGAAGCUGCAGCCUGAGUUCGCUCCGGCCAAAGACCGGCUGAGAACCAUCCAGUGCUACCUGCUGACCAAGAGGGAGAAGAGACGGCCCUAGAGACACACUGCACACACACUACACAACACACACACACACACACUGACUGACUGACAGAGAGGGACGUGCUGACCAAGAGGGAGAGGAGACGGCCCUAGAGACACACUGCACACACACUACACAAUAGAGACACACACUGACUGACUGACAGAGAGGGACGUGCUGACCAAGAGGGAGAGGAGACGGCCCUAGAGACACACUGCACACACACUACACAAUAGAGACACACACUGACUGACUGACAGAGAGGGACGUGCUGACCAAGAGGGAGAGGAGACGGCCCUAGAGACACACUGCACACACACUACACAAUAGAGACACACACUGACUGACAGAGAGGGACGUGCUGACCAAGAGGGAGAGGAGACGGCCCUAGAGACACACUACACACACACUACACAAUAGAGACACA